AUGCAAGAAGAAGCUUUUAUAGAUAAACAAAAAGGUUCAUUUUUAAAAUAUUUAACUACAAACAAAAAUGUUGAUAAUAAACAAGAAGAAAUUAAUGUUGAUAAUGAACCAGAACAAGCUAUUGUUGAUAAUAAUAUUGAACAAACUAAUAUUGAAAUUGAUAACGAACAAAAUAAUAGUGAAAAUAAUAAUGAACAAACUAAUAUUGAAAUUAAUAACGAACAAACUAAUAGUGAAAAUGAUAACGAACAAACCAAUAUUGAAAUUGAUAAUGAACAAACUAAUUGUGAAAAUAAUAACACACCUUUAAACAUAUAUGAUCCAAGUAGAUGGAAUAAUAUUAGUACUAAUUUAAGAGAUUUAAUUGUAGAAAAAGGUCCUAUUAAAAUUUAUGAUUUUAAAUUUCCAAAAGAUCAACACUUAAGAAGCUUUAGUACAUCUCUUUAUAUGCAAAACAUACCAAAUGGAGAAAAAUACGAACGAACAUGGUUGGUUUAUUCCAUAGAUGUAGAUAGAGUUUUUUGUUUUUGUUGUAAAUUAUUUAAUGUGAAUACAUCUACAUGUUCAUUAGCACAUAAAGGUAACAAUGAUUUGAAUAAUAUUUCUAGUAUACUAAAAAGACAUGAAGCAAGUAACAGACACAUUCUUAAUAUGAGGUCAUGGAUUGACUUACAAACUAGAUUAACAAAUAACAAAACAAUUGACAAGAAAAUCCAAGAACAAAUAAAUAAAGAAAAAGAUCAUUGGAAAAACGUGUUAAUAAGAAUCAUUGCUGUAGUAAAAACUUUAGGAAAAUGUAAUUUAGCAUUUCGUGGAACAAAUGAAAAAAAUUUAUGA